UUGCUUUUUUAUAUUGAAAUGGCGAGCUGAUUGUGCAGUUUUGUGACAAAAUGAUUAUCAUAUACAUCGAUAUACUUUUGCUGGCUAUUUUGUUAAUCUUACUGAUACUUACCUGUGGAUAUUGCGUGUACCGCGUGUACAGUCUCCAACGCAGUGGACAGGUGACUAUAUUACUCAGACCAACCAAGGUUCUGUUUUCCCAUAAAAAGGAAGGCGAGGUCAACGAUCAGCUUAGAACUGUUGUGGCUUACCAGAACCCUUUUACCGGUGACUACUGUGUCCAUAAAAGCAGAGGGCCCAAGGGCUAUGUGAACUCCAUUGAAUCCCCCGACUCUAUAGACAGCGGCGUCUCUGACGCGUACGAGCCUCUGAACCUCGUGCCCCAGCCUCGGGCACAGGAGGAGUCUGGGACCCAGGAGUCGAUAAAAGCGCCAAUAUCACCAGUCUAUGACAACAGCCUAAAUAAGACGUGGAAAUGGGAUUACACUGAGUACCAAAUUUAA